UUUGUCGUCAUUUCCGUUAUCCAUCUUUCCAGACUUCUUUUUUUACCAAACAAUGUGGCUUGCCAGUUUCGAUAAGCUGUACAGUUGUCGAAACGAUUCUGUUAUAAACAUUUCCCAGAGGCACUAGCACUACAUAUUCGUUAUUGUAUAACAGCAGUGAUUUUAUUUGAAGAACAAUGUCUAACACUGUUUCUUUCAGUACACAAAUAGCUGCAAUCAUGGAUGUGCUAUCAAAGGCAGCAGUUGCAGAAAUAACCAAACUUGUAGACGAGGGCACCGUCGUGCUACGGCUUGAAAUGUGUCGGAAAGAAAAUGAGAUAGAAGGCCUUCAAAAUAGUUUACAGCUGAUGGAAAGAGAACUGAGGAAAGCUCAAAGGGAAGCAACAACACGAGUGACAAAUGACAGGCAACAUGCCGAGGGAAUUCAGGUUGGGAGUGGGACUCCACAAAAAGGUGAUGAAGAGAACCAAAAAGGCCAAGCCAUGCCUGUAGAGGACCCAGUAGAGAGCUUCAAUGAGCUGCAGCGUUCUGGACACCUUGAAGAGGCGAGGGGUGGACUGGAGUUUCUGGUGAAAGCAGAGCAGGUGGAAGAACAUGUAGCCCAGGGAACCAUACAAGAUCCAGGAAUCACAGACAGUGUGGACUUUAGAAUGGACGAGAGAGAUAGUCAGCUGUGGUCCUCUGUUACACAAGGACUAAGUGGGAAUAAUUCUGGCCACCCAGAUGGGUCUUACUCUACAGGGAGAUGCUUACAGAUGUUCUCAUCUCAGGCAGAUCAAUAUCCCACUCCCAUCCCAUCCCAUCCUUCCUGUAACUCUUUGUCCAUUGUAGGGAAACCACUGGAUGACAUAUUCAGCACUGUCCCACUGAAAGUGGAGCCUGAGAGGCAUCCUGUGUAUCAUGAUGAUGCCAUGUCUGAGUCCAUACAAGCUGUGCAGGGGCAUUACAGAGAUACUCUGCAUCCUGUUGUGAGGGAGGGCUUGAUUUUACAGCCCAGAAUGCCGCAGCCAGGACCUUCUUCACAAGGGCUCUUGAGAGCAACUGAGAUUACAUCAGUCACACACUCACACAACCAAGAGCAUAUUCUUAAUAAGAACAGAUUGAAAACAAAGAGGUUGGUAAAUGUUUGGAGAGCUGUACCAAACCAAAAAGUGUUAAUCUGCUCAUUGUGUGGAAAGAGCUUCCACCGCCAUUGUCAACUUGAAGCACACCAACACUCUCAUGCUGGAGUCAAGCCAUACAGAUGUCUUGAGUGUGGGAAAAGUUUUACUCAGAAACAAAGACUUAAGUCACAUCAGAGUGUUCACACGGGUGAGAGACCUUUCAGUUGCAGACUCUGUGGCAAGAGGUUUGCAAGGCAGGACAACUGCCAAACACAUGAGCGAUUUCACAGUGGACAAAAGCCAUUUAGUUGUGUGCUGUGUGGUAAAAGUUUCACAGUUCUCUGUAACCUCAAACUACAUCAAAAACAUCAAUGUAAGUAAAUUUGCCAAUGUCAGAAUGUAUGAUUGCAUGUUCUGUGUUUUCCUCAGCAUUGUACACUUAAUGACCUGUUCAUAUUGAUUGUUCAACUGUUCAACUGUACUGAGAUUAGCAGGAUUAAGUUUCCAAUCAAGUAUUUCAAGAUGUCAUCCAGUGAUGUAUAAGUACAGUAAAGUACACCACAAACUAAAGGGUAAAACAUUUUUCCUUGUGCUUUGUCAUGACUUUCCUGGACCACCUAUUGAGAUGUGCCUUUAGUUUUAAUGUUUUUAUUUCACCUUUAUUUAACCAGUUGAGAACAAGUUCUCAUUUACAACUGCGACCUGGCCAAGAUAAAGCAAAGCAGUACGACACAAACACAGAGUUACACAUGGAAUAAACAAACAUACAGUCAAGUAUGUAGUUACACAUAUAUAAGUAUGUAGUGUGUAUGUGUAUAUAUAUAUAUAUAUAUAUAUGUGUGUGUGUACGUAUUUAGUAUACAUAGUUAAGUAAAUUGGGCGUAAAAUGAGGUGAAAAGGAGACUGGAGUGCCACUUUAAAAUGUUGAACCUCUUCUUAAUGUGAUUUAUAUUUGCCUCAUCAAGAGAGCAACAGCUGCAUGCUAGCUUAAAUUGCUUUGUGCAUAUUCUCUUGUAUUUAUCAUUCAUUUCCGUAGCACGUCCGAUAGUGUUACUUUGUUGCCUGAUCGUAGCAGCAGUUCGAGUUAGUACAUUUUGGGGUUGAAAUAAAGUUUACAUUUGAUGAUUGCAUUGUAAAACAUCUAACAUUUCUACAAGGAGUUUGCAGUGCAAUGCAACGAAAUGUGAAACUGUCAAUCAACCACUAUUUGUUUACGGAUAGUUGAAUUGUUGUUCGACUGCCAGCUAGGCUUACUGGAUGUGCAGAGCCUUUUGUAACAUAAGUUGCAUGAUUAACGUUACUGCUUGAAGAUUUUGUACCCUGUUGGUUUUGACAUGACUGAUAUUAAUAGCCUAAUUGUUUCUUCCCGUUGUAACUAGGUGUCCACUCUCCCAAGUGCGACUGUCAGAAAGAUGCUUAAAAUAUUGUUUUGGCCCAGAGGCUGAGACUUGCUGCUCCAGGCCUGGUUUAAGGUUAAGCUCAUUGUUAGAUCCUUCGUAGGAGCAUCGUUAAAUCUCUGAACUGUUUACCUUGCCCAGAGCUGCCAACUCUUAACGCAUUGGCCGUGAGACACUCAUUUGAGCCUCUUCUCACACAUCGAAAAGUACUGGUUUUAUUUUUUGAAUUUAUUUUUCAAAUGAGUCAUUUUCAACUGUGAUCCAAAUGGUUUUGAUAUCGGAGCAUCUGCACCUGCAAUUUAAUAACAUCACAAGCGGAACCUCUAUCAUUAUUGGCCUGUCUUGCCACGGCACUGAACUGUGGCACAUUAAAGCAUAUGAUUGGUCUAGUUAUGUAAUGGAUCAAGAUGAUUGGAUGCACGUUUUAAAGAAAAAACACAAUAUUAAUGGGGUGCUGAAUGGGGAGAGAGAACGUUCUCCGCGGAGUUUAUAAAACUGUAAAAAGAGCAACACGGUAGCUCUGUUUUAUGUACAAUGUUGUCAACAAAAUUAGUUUGUUACUCCCAACUCUAUUGCAGAAUACAGCCUUUUGACAGCAUGUACUAAAGUUGAUUUAAUCCACACUUGCAUUAGUCCCCUCGUUUUGUGAUUGGCAUGUAGGCUGUGACAUCGAAAAGCAGCAGAUAGAGACCGACAGUAUAUUUUAGCAUAGAAGUUUGGUAGGGUGACCUGAUUCUAGGGGGGAAAUAAAUAUAACAAUUAUUUGGUUGGAGUGUAGGGUCGUCUAAAGGGCAUUUUAUAUUUACUUCAUUCACCAGGUCAGUGGAACAAUUCUCAUUCUUAACAAUGGGCUAAAAUAUAGGGUAAUUGAUAUACUUGUCACCAAGAACACUACUAUUAUUCCCAAAAAACUUGUUUUAUCCCGCUUCAUCACAAUUUUGCCAGUGUAAUCACAUAUUUGAAAUCUGAUAUGGCUAAUUGUCUUUCAAAAUGAAUUAUAGGAGGCUAUGUAUUUUUUCAGCCAUUCAUUUACAGUUUUGAAUAAGUCAUACAGAUAAGCAUUGGAUAUGAAAUGCU